CUAGAGUGACAGGAGACCCUUGCUCUGACAGAGGCGAGGCCUCAGCCAGGACUGCAAAUUGAGUCCAGCUUGGAGUAGGCCCCGGUCCUCCUAAGGCACUUAUAUCCGGGUGGCAAGCAGCUGCCUGCCCUUCUCCCUCUGCUCACCAGAAGUCUCUGUGGUACCAGGUGCGCAUGAGCUGGACCAUGAGGCUGGCCACGGCAGUCCUGAUUCUGAGCCUCAUGAUGGUGGUCACUACAGAUGAGGAAGAAAAUGACCAGUGUAUGUACGAGGCCCUGCCUGACAUUGAUGCUGUUCUCUGCAAGGGCCUUGAAGUCUUCUACCCAGAGUUGGGCAACAUUGGCUGCAUGUUUGUUCCUAACUGCAACAACUAUAGACAAAAGAUUACCCAGUGGCCCGCGCCAACAGUCAAGUUCCCUCGGGCCUUAGAGGAUGCAACCUACCUCCUGGUGAUGGUGGACCCAGACGUCCCUAGCAGAUCUAAUCCCCAAUCUCGGUUCUGGAGACAUUGGCUGGUGGCAGAUAUCAAGGGCAUUGACUUGAAGAAAGGGAAGAUAUGGGGCCAGGAGUUAUCAGCCUACCAGCCUCCCGCUCCUCCAACACAAACUGGCUUCCAUCGCUACCAGUUCUUUGUCUAUCUUCAGAAAGGGAGGACCAUCUCUCUCCUUCCAGGAGAAAACAAAACCCGAGCCUCUUGGAAAAUGGACAGAUUUCUGAACCGCUACGACCUGAACGAACCUGAAGCAAGCACCCAGUACAUGACCCAAAAUUACCAGGACUCUCCAAAUUUCCAGGCUCCAGGAGGAAGAAGCAGUGAGCCCAAGGAGAGGCCCAAGCAAAGAUAACUCCCUGCCAGACCUCAGGCUUUGCCUUGCGGGUUGUGGGUCCAUGUUGCCCACCAUCCACAGCCUGAGUAUGGAGCCCCCUCUGGGUAUGGAACGCCUUCUCUUUCAAAUUAAAAAAUAAAACAUUAUCCAGCGCUCA